AUUGGCCGGUGUGACGCGGUGGACCUCAAAGGCUCCAACUGCUAUCUAUGGAGUAUUAUACUCCGUAUAUACACACUUCGCCUUUGCCGAAGCAGUAAAUAUAAAGUAAGAUAGAUGGCUAUGGCCGCCUCCGCCCUAACCCGCAGCAGAAUCAUCAUCUUUGUGCUCAUCGUAAUAGCCUCAACAAUAACCGCCGAAAGGGUCCGUUUGGAGGAGGAUGACCACCGAAUCCUCAAGGCAAUGAUGGGCCGGUGCGGGGAGAUAUUCCUCAACCCCUCUUCGCCGCCGCCGGACAACAUCGUCCACGCCGAUGAAGCCCGGCUAGUCCCGAGACUCACCAUGUACAACUGCCAUCUACUUUUCGGUCAGGUCAGUAAGAUAGCGGGCGCCAUCACUCCCGCAGCCAUUCGUCAGUUCGAAUUGUACGAGGUGCCCUUCUAUUAUCCGAGGGCCUAUUUAUCAUGGGUAUCGCCAGAUUUUGAGGACUUUUCGGAAGGUCCAGUCUCCGUCAAAGGUAAUGAAACUGAGAUUCCCGACAGAGAUUACCACGCCUUGAAGACGGUCAUGGAUUCUUGUGUCCUCCAGUUACUGGAUGAGGAUUAUGAAUCCGAAUCAGAAUCUGGGGAUAAUAUCAGAUUCUGCAAGGAGUACUUUGACUACUUCUCCUCCUUUUACUACUACAGGGACAGGCUGACCCCCGAGUUCGUCCAUGUCAUGAAACACUUCGAAAAGUACUACGCACUUGACUGGGAAGCAAAGCAAAUACAUAUUUGCUUGCUCACUAAGAUGCGAAGUCCCCAAGACUGUUUCCAUCCUUACGAGUGCUGCUUUCCAGGAUUCGGAGAAGCUGUCAUGAAGGACACACCUGUGCUUGAUUUAAUUACUGAUGGCCUCCUUUCAUAGAUGUUAUAUAUGAUCCCUCGAUCUAUUCUCAUUGCCUUUUUUCGUUUUUCUAUGAUUAAAUUAAAUCAGAGGGAGCUAUCUAUCUGUGUAGGAAUAAGUUCAAAUAAUUACUCCCUCCGUUCCCAAAAAUACUUCCCACUUUCCUUUUUGGGCCGUUCCCAAAAAUUCUUCCCACUUUCCCUUUUUGGACAAUUUGUGUGGCUCACAUUCAUUUUACCUUUUUCUCACACAACCACAACCACACAUUUCCACUUUAUUCCACUUUCUUAAUAGGCGUGCCAAUUCAAACCGGGAAGAAUUUUUGGGAACGGAGGGAGUAAUAUUUAAUAAUUGGGAAAUCCAAAGGGUGGAUACUUAUUGAUCUUCGUCAUAUGAAGAGUUUUAUAGGAGUAGUGAAUCACCGUCCUCUGAGUUGGAUCGCUCAAGGAUCUGUUAUUGUGUACGCGUAGUAAUCAAAUUCUAUUGUAAAGUAAGAAUAUUAUUUGUCUUUUCUUCUUUGUAUUUACAUUAGUCAUCAAUAACACAAAAACUUUAUUGUUA